AUGAGCUCUAAUAAUCAAAAUACGAAUAACACUUCCAUAGAGCUGAUUUCGGAAAAUGGCCCCAUAUCGCUAAAUUUAAUGAUGGAAGAAGGAGUGAAAGCUUUAACUAGAAUUUUGUCGAAUCAAUUAAAUGAUACCCCAGGAACACAACCUAUGCAUUUCAUAAUAAAAAAAAAUGAUAAAGACAAUAAGGCUAUAGAUAUUAAUGGUGACGAUGAAGAAGUCGUUGAAUUAGGCAAUGAAAGUAAUUACCAUAUGUCCGACGGUGUUCAAAAUGAAGCGGAGAUAAUACUAAAUGACCAACUAAAUGAUAUAUUGAAGAAUCACGAGUCCCAACUGCGGCUUGAUGGCGAAGAAGCAGAGAUCAUUUUUGAUUAUGAAACUCAGGGUACUGUAGAUGGCUCUGAUUCAAUCGGAGAGAAAAUCACACAGAUGAUUGAAUCUGUACUUCCGAAUGGUUUGGGUCCCAACACUACUGGGAAACUACAGGCAGUUCUUAAUGGCAAAGAGCUUAACAUAACGGAGGAGAUCCAUAAAUCUGAUAGGAUAGAAGAAGAGGAGCAUAUUGAGGGCGGAUUGACUACCGCUGAAGGUAAUUUCGAGGUGGAAUUCGAAACGGAGCCUCUACCGGAAGAUCAUAAACAUACUGAAGAAAAUAUAGAUGGUCACGAAAACUACAACGACUGUUGUCCGCAUCAUCAUAACAACCAAGACAAUCGUCGAAGAGCGCCUAAGUACAAAAAUUAUAAUUAUCAUGAUUACGAAUAUACAGUACAACACCCAAAAACUGAACCUAAUUUCAGCGCUCUAAUUAAUCAAAAAAAGCCAGUUUGCCUGUUUUGUGAAUAUUAUAUGGUAUUUGGGGAGCCCCCAAAGAACAUGAUCAAGUGGUACAACAUGCAUUACGGUUAUAACCAUCUUCCACAGAGGAAUGACAGACAUCAUAGGAAUAGAUAA